AUGGUGCAAGCGUCUGCCUGGCUAACCCUCCCAUUCUGGCACUGGGACUCUCUCCCUCUCCUUGUUUCCCAGGCCGUGGUGGCGGCGCUGCGGCGGUGGUGGACGCACGUGCCGGGCAGCAAGGCGGGGCCAGGCCGCUGCCUUGAGGCCGCCCUAGACGUGCACACCGAGGUACACCCGCAGCACGACUCAGACUUCCCGCGGCACCUGACGCGCUUCCUCUUGAGGCUGGCGCUGCUGCGGGACGCGUUCCUGGACCGGGACUACGGCGACCAGGACCGCGGCUGUUAUACUCUUCGCCUGGGAGCGCUGGGAGCCCACCUGGCGCCCGUCACCCAGCUGGCCCAGUUGCGGGUGUACGGCGGGCUGUACCCCAGCAUCCUGGCCGUCGUGCUGCGGGGAGCCUCGCGCCUAGCCUCGCUGCAAAUCUCGCACAUCAACAUCACGGACGACAUCCUGCUGGACAUCGCCAAGUGGUGUCCGAACCUGCACACGCUGCGCCUGCUGCACAACUUCCCGUGGCAGGUGAUAUCCAUGAAGGCGUUUUGUGCCGCCUUCUUCAGCGGCGCGAUGCCGUGCAAGGUGAUUGGCGCUUAUAAGAGUGGGCGUCUUCAGGACAUCCAGCAGACUUUUCCCCAGCUGAAAGACGUUGAUCUCGCGUACGGUGGCAUACGCGUGGCGAGUAAGUUCCACAAGCUCUUACUAAACUUUUAUCCGGAACUGAGGAGCGUCAGCAGCCCCUGGAAGACCAUUCACAUCGAGGACGGCUACCAGUACUACGGGAGCGAAGUUCUCUUUUCGCUGUUGGCCCGCGAGGGUGUCUUGGCCACCCGAAGUGUGUUUUUCGACGACGUGACGCUGUAUACACUCUGCGCCAAGAGCGUCUGGAGCAGCUGGCUCGGUGCUGCCCCCAGGUGCAGGCCGUCACCGCAGACGCCCGGCCUGGUGCUGGAGGCCAUGCUAUUUGACAUCCUCCUGCAGGCGUGCCCCAACCUGACGUGCCUCGGCGUGAGGGUGUGGAGCAGGAACAUGAUGGAGGCACAGCUGGAUGGCCAGGACAGGCUGCCACUGCCACAGUGCGCGGCUCUGCAGAAGGUUAGUCUUCACGAGCAGGGUCCAGGCGACGGAGACGAGGCGGGACACGUGGCGCGGUGGCUGGCACUGGUGGGGGGCGUGGUGGCCACGGCACCGGGCCUGGCCACCCUCAGCCUCUGCCGCGGCCUGGCCUGCCUGCUGAACACUCUCGCCUGCCACGCCACAACCCUGCACCUGCACGUGAAGGACGGCCACGAGUGGCAGCCCACGGCGGAGGAGCUGUGCCGGCUGGUGGGUCGCCUGCAGCACCUCUACCUGGAGGAGGUGUCCGGCGAGUUGUUCUGGCGGCUCAGACGACGCUACCGACAUACUGACCUGCGGCUGCACUGGGGCAACCUGCACGGCUGGCCGAGGACCUGACUGUGAACCCGUUGUUGGUGACCGUGUGUGGCUGUGCGUCAGGGCAGAAACGUGACUGUGAAGAACAUCGGAAGAAACUUUUAUUGUGACCUAUAUAAUACAGUGUGGAACAUGAUCUUUAUAAUAAAAUUCUCCUUCAAUAGAGAGUUUAUCACAUAUCUUCUCUAAAGAAAGUCUGCACACAAGUUAAUGACACCGAUCACACUCUGGAAGGUUACAUUGAGACAGCCGACGGCCUGCGGAUGGUCGUAGAGUCGGCACACAUUAAGACAUGUUGACGGCCCGAAGCUGAUUCAAAGCCGGCACGCAGGCACUGGCCCCGUUAUGCCGGCACGCAGGCACUGACCCCGUUAUGCCGGCACGCAGGCACUGGCCCCGUUAUGCCGGCACGCAGGCACUGGCCCCGUUAUGCCGGCACACAGGCACUGGCCCCGUUAUGCCGGCACGCAGGCACUGGCCCCGUUAUGCCGGCACGCAGGCACUGGCCCCGUUAUGCCGGCACGCAGGCACUGGCCCCGUUAUGCCGGCACGCAGGCACUGGCCCCGUUAUGCCGGCACGCAGGCACUGGCCCCGUUAUGCCGGCACGCAGGCACUGGCCCCGUUAUGCCGGCACACAGGCACUGGCCCCGUUAUGCCGGCACGCAGGCACUGGUCCCGUUAUGCCGGCACACAGGCACUGGCCCCGUUAUGCCGGCACACAGGCACUGGCCCCGUUAUGCCGGC